GAAAAAGAAAAGCUUAUUUCCUUGAAGGUACUAGGUUGGUGGACAUGGUCUCUUGUGUUUCACUUUUCUAACCAAGUACGUUCACCAAAAGAAACUGUCGAAGGCGACAACCUGACAGAAACAGUUGCUUUCUUAGAAUUUAGGCUCAUAAACAGUAUGCUAUGCGUGAUUCUGAGACGCCGUAUUUAGAAGAAAGAGAGGAAUAUGAGGAAUCUCCUACUGAGCGUGAAGCAGAGGUCCCAGAGAAGCGAACUCUCUUGACUAGUGAAAUAGGAGCGUACAAAGAGAUAAUUUCGAACUUGAAGCAAGAAACAAGAAAUGAUUUAGCAACUCAGCUAUUUUUCGUGCACGAGACGCUAAAAAAUCGAGGACAUUCGCGAAAUGGAAAUGAUGGUCAUGAGGAGGAAAAAGAUACCAAAACACCAAGCAGAUACUGGACGGCCUGGCCUACGAAGGAGUCGACUUUUUUGGAAUCAGAGUUUCUGACAACAGGAGCUAGUCGUUUUCGCCAAGAGACGGCAGCUUUAGCUGUUCGCAUUGCCUCGCAUAAACUGCAACAGAUGAAUAAGAAUCCUUCUUCAGAAGAGUAUCCAAAUGCGAUGACACUUCGAAGACUUACUACAGUGCUUCAACGCAAAUUGGAGUGUUUAUUAGACGCCAUUGACUCGUUUCGCCAACAACAGAGAAGCCGUUUAAUGCAAGAACGUUUAUCUUAUAUGGAUUGGCAGGUUGUUUAUGGUCUUGCCAAACUCACACGAGGUGCAUUUUCAUCGACGGAACAGGAUGCAAGUGCUCUGGAAAAGGCAACAGAGCAAUGCCGGCGUCUUUUUGGUGCCGAUCUGUCACAACUAAGAUAUGCAACAGAAAUGAAAUCUGAUCCUUCAAUGCAAAGUGAGUUUCUUCAAUCGGAGGAUGAGACUUUGGUCCAUCGAAUGCUUGACACAAUUGAUGAACAAAUUCGUCCGCAGGAAGGGCAUCAGCAGCAGGAUUCGCUGAAUGAGUUUUGAACAUCUAAAUUUAAAUACGCAAUACAGCAUUUGUAUAUAUGUUUUUUUGCUAUAAUUGCUUGAAUGAAUGAAAUAGCAUACUGAAGUUGAUGCAAACGUAUGGCUCAAUAGGGAUGGACUUCAUAGGGUCAAAUUUUUUUGUAAACAUUAAUAACAACAUCUUUACUUUUAUUCUUACGGAACUAGCCUUUUUUCCUUUCCUAUUUCACCUUGCUACCACUCACUCUAUCCAUUCAAAACAAAUAUUAUCUUAUGAUCCUG